AUGAGUCGGCCAUAUUACGCUGCUUUCGAUGCACCGGAAGUCAUAACCCGAAUAAUUGCUCAGGUAAUCUGUAAUUUCUACGGAAAUAAGGGACACAUAGAAAAAGCAUGUAUCACGAAACAAAAGAGUGGAGGAAGAAAAAUUCCAAACCAGGGAAGAAACCAAAUUGGGCCACAACGGAAAGAGGUAUCCAGCCAGAGAGCCAAAGUACACCGAAUUGAGGAACAUAAAAAUUUAACAUCGAAUCCGGUAGAGGAAUAUACAUCUCUAUUCAAAAUACGUGGAAGUAAGAUACCACCCUUAAAAAUCUUAAUCAAUAUUGAAAAUAUACCAGUCAUGAUGGAAAUUGAUUCAGGGGCUGGGUACACUGUAGUGAGUGAACAGACCUUAAAAGAAAUUAAAAUCCAGCGAGACCAGUUAGAACCGGAAGAAGUCAAAUUACAGACAUGGGCGGAUCAGAAUCUGGAGGUAGUGGGCACUACAAUGGUGAGUGUACAAUUUAAAGGAAGAGUUAUGAAUCUGUCAUUGUUAGUGAUUAAAGGAAAUGGACCAGGACUUGUUGGAAGAAAUUGGUUUGAACCAUUAGGAAUCAGAAUAGAGGGACUAUAUCACCAACAUGAUCCAGUUAGAACUUCUAAGUGGCCCACUUCUGUGGUACCCGUUGCAAAACCAGAUGGAAGUGUACGUUUAUGUGGAGAUUACCGCUGCACUGUAAACAGAGAGGCAAUAAAAGUAGAUGUAUACCCAUUGCCGGCCAUUAACGAUAUACUUGCUUCAUUAUCUGGUGGAAAGGUAUUUGCCAAGUUGGAUUUUAAGGAAGCGUACUUCCAAUUUCCUGUGGACCAGGAGUCGUCUGAGAUACUGACUAUCAACACCUGCAAGGGUUUAUAUAGAAUGAAAAGAUUACCAUUUGGAGUGAGUAGUUGUCCUGCUAUUUGCCAGAGAGAGAUGGAAAAGAUCGUAGGAGGUAUUACAGGGACAAUUGUGAUGAUAGAUGAUAUACUUGUCAUGGGACUCAAUGAAGAAGCCCUACAUCAAAAGUUGAGGAAAAUUCUUAACCGGAUUUCAGAAGCUGGACUAAAACUGAACAAAAGCAAAUGCCUAUUCAAAACAAAUCAACUUCAAUUUUUAGGAUAUUUGAUAGAUGCUCAGGGCAUUCGACCCACACCGGAUAAAAUUGCGGCGAUUCAACAGGUUCAGGACCUGAGAAACAAACAAGAGUUACAAGCAUUUUUGGGAUUUGUAAACUUCUAUGAUAGAUUUUUGAAAGAUAAAGCAACGGAAGCUGAACCAUUAUAUAGACUCCUAGACAAAAACAAACCAUGGAUCUGGAAAAAAGAACAAAGCAAAGCAUUCGUGAAGAUAAAAAAGAUGCUAACACCAGAAACAUUAUUAAUCCAUUAUGAUUUAAAUAAACCAGUAUUGUUGUCAUGUGAUGCUUCACCAUAUGGAGUUGGAGCAGUACUUUCACACAUAUUACCAGAUGGAUCAGAAGCUCCUAUAUACUUUGCAUCGAGGACACUCCACCCAGCAGAAAGAAAUUAUUCACAAUUCGAGAGAGAAGUAUUAGCUAUAAUCUUUGGCAUCACAAAAUUUCAUAAUUACCUAGCUGCUCGAAAUUUUACUAUAUAUACGGAUUGUAAGCCAGUUGUGGGCCUUCUGAACCCUGCUAAACCAAUUCCUGAUUUAAUCUCACCCAGAAUGAUUCGUUGGUGUUUGAGAUUAGCAGCAUACUCAUAUAGGAUUGAACAUCGUCGGUCAGCAGAGAUGACUAACGUUGAUGCAUUAUCGCGUAUACCAACUACUGUGGAAGAAAAGACUAUCCCCGAACCAGGAGAGAUAUUCCUUAUAUUUGAACAGCCAGAAUUGCCCAUCACAUCUCAGGAAGUAAGCAGAGAGACAAACAAAGACUCAGUGUUAAAAAGAGUUGAACAUGCAAUCUUACACGGAUGGCCACUUAGUAGUCCAGAAGAACUUAUGCCUUUCGCUAGGCGUAAGCUAGAACUUUCAAUUCACCGCGGUUGCAUUUUAUGGGGACAAAGAGUAGUUAUCCCUAGAACCUUGCAACCACAGCUAUUACACCUGUUACACUCCACACAUGAGGGCAUGUCUAGAAUGAAAAGAACAGCCAGGAGCUAUUUUUGGUGGCCUGAAAUGGACUCCCAGAUUGAAGAGACAGUAUCGAUGUGUAGAAAAUGCCAAGAACAGAGGUCAAACCCAACCCCAGUUAAAGACACUCAUUGGCCAUCACCCUCGGGACCUUGGGACCGAGUACACAUUGAUCAUGCAGGACCACAUUAUGGACGUACAUAUUUUAUUCUAGUGGAUGCUUAUUCGAAGUGGGUGGAGGUAGAAGAAGUACAAACUCAGUCAACCCAGGAAACCGUGAAACUAUUGAGAAGAAUAUUUAGUACACAUGGACUACCAAAUACAAUUGUAUCCGACAAUCAUCAAAGCUUUAAAUCCCAAGAAAUGGAAGAAUUUAUACGAAAAAAUGGGAUACAGCACAUAUUUACCCCUCCAUAUCAUCCCUCUUCCAACGGACAAGUAGAGAGACAAGUGCAAACUAUAAAGAAGAGAAUCGAAAAAUUACAUCACAGCCAAGAAAAAAGUGAGGUGUUGCUCCCCAGACUUUUGUUUAGCUUACGCACAACACCUAGUAGCACUACAGGAAAAACGGCAGCAGAACUGUUGAUGGGAAGAAGACUACGUACCGUCUAUGAUCGAUUAAAUCCACACCUAUAUAAGGAGAGAAAAGAGGAAACAAGAAUACGAGAAUUCCAAAUAGGAGACAACAUCAAUUACAGAUGUUAUAGAGACGCUAAGAAGUGGAAACCAGGUAAGGUGACACAGAAGACCGGACCAUAUACAUACAUGAUAGCCUCACCAGAAGGAACUAUAGAAAGAAGACAUAUUGAUCAACUGAUAGCUCGAAGAGAACUACCACUCCAGAACAAGCAACAUCCAGUUUGUCAGAACAACCAACAUCCAGCUCCCCAGAAUAAUCAACAUCAGGACAAAGGACCACCGGUUAGAAGGAGCUCUAGAACACAGACACUACCGGCAUAUCUCCGAGACUUCAUUUUAGAGGAGGAAGAUCUGUUGUAACGUUGUGACUUAUCUGUAGUAACAUGAUCUGGGUGUCGGGUCAGGGGUGAACAUUCCAACACACCUUUCGGGAGUCGGGGAGAGUUCUUGUGUAGUUGUCACCCCAGUCGGUUGUAUCGAGAAGGAAUAAAGUUAAUUGUUGAUUAACUAGUGUUUUUUAUGUGCAACAAUGUCGAAAACAAAAGCGAUAUAAAAGACACUCAUCUAUCAAUUUA